AAGGAAGCAUUCCCUGCAAAAUUAAGUGCAUUCGAGGUUCCUCUUGUGUUUCAAUACAGAUUCUAGCUGCUGGCUAAUCAAUUUUGGUUUCCUAUUACUACCACACCCCUACUAGUUUUUCCAAGCAUGGCUUCUGGAAAUAGGAACAACGAUUGGUCUACCGGCCUCUGUGAUUGCACCCAGGAUUGCCGUUCCUGUUGCCUUGCCUGCUGGUGCCCUUGUGUUGCCUUUGGGAGGAUUGCUGAGAUCGUGGAUAGAGGCCAAUCCUCUUGCUGCAAGAUGGGGUGCAUUUUCUGUCUGCUAGGUCUACUCCUGUUGAAUCAUGGGUCCUUGUCAUGGAUUGUUAGCAUGGGCUAUCGCACCAAGAUAAGGCAACAAUACGGUAUUAUGGGAGGCUCAUGCCAUGAUUGUAUCCUUCAUUUCUGUUGCGAGCGUUGCGCCUUGUGCCAAGAGUACCGUGAACUUCAGUUCCAAGGAUAUGAUGUUUCUGCUGGUAUGAACAUUUUGCUACCCAUGUCCUCCUCCUUUUUAUAUUUUAAAUUCUUGAACAAUUUUGGAUGGUGUUUUAGAAACUUGCAGAUGCGAGUCUCUGUAAAAGAAUAGAUUCCAGUAGCAUCACAGGCGAGUUACAUGCAUAUAUUCACUCAAUGAUCACUUAUAUCUCUUGGGAUGAUAAAUACCCCUGAAAGUGUCUAAGAUGCAGGAUGUUAAAGACCUAAAUAAAGUAUAGGAAUUAAGAGAUAGCAUAAUGAUAUGUUUAGGAAUUUCAGUGACUAACAGUGAUGUGUAAUUUCAGAGUCACAGGUUCUAUAACAUUCUUAUUUUCCUUAAAAAAAAGAGUGCAUCGCUAAACAGCAAGAUUAUCAAAGUGUUAAAAUUGUUCUACAAUUAACUUGGGUGAUUUUGAAUCCCUAUUGACCUCAAAUUCUCAAUUUUAUCGGACAAGUAGGUCUGAUAUUACAUUUUUAGUAAAAGGUGAGGCGAAUCCAUCCCGUUUUUUUGUAUGCUCAUCUUGUGAGUAUUCAUUCAUAUUAGGAAAAAAAAUUUUCUGAUAUUUUGAUGUUCUCAAUAUAUAACCUCAUCCUUUCUCAUUAAAAGUCAGAAUUAAGUCUUGGAUUGAGGUACUUUGGUUUCCAGGUUGGGAAGGAAAUGCUGGCAAAAAGAUUUCUGGGGUAACUAUGGCUCCAGUUGGAGAAACGAUGACACGUUAGCUCAAAAGAUCUUCUGAAUUAUGGCCUGAACUCAUUUUGCACCUUCAAUUCGAAAACCUUAUCCUGUUAAUUUUUCCAUUUAAUUAUCUAUUUGCAAUAAUCUAGUACCUAAUAAAACUCUUUAUCAACAAGGUGCAAAAUGAGAUUAGUACAACUUUAUCAAGUGUGCUCGUCUUCUGCCAUAUCAUUCAUCUGAUGUGAUGUAUAUUCAGUUCUUUUUUUUUCUUUUUUUUUUGGAGUGUAUGAUGUAUGUAGGUUAAAUAUUUUGUUUUGUGAUAAUAAUAAAUCGUACAAUAAUCCCC